CAGUCAUUUAUCUGAAGUAAUUUUUAAAGCUUCUUAAAGUUUAACCUCCAAGCAAUAUGAACCACAGCUUUAUUGAAAUAUUCAGAUUAGGAAGAAUAUUUGUACAAUGCUAUUACUUGGCCCUCUUAACCAACUUGCCACUGGUCUAGGUUGAUACUGAACAUCUGAGUAGUCUGUCCACAGGUGAACAACUGGCAAAUUGUCUUGACAGUUUACAGCUUGUCUGCCUUCACAAAAUGUUAAGUACUGUUAUAUAUAGACUGUCAUAACCAGAGAGUGCCUGCAACUUAGUAGCACCUUAUUAACAAUGAAAAAACAGCUUAGUAACUCCCUGCUUAAUUUAGAAUUCUAUCAUACCACGCUUCUAAUUUAAAGUAGUUUUAGUAUCUGGCAAUUGAGGUUUAUCAUUUUCAAUAAGUUGUUUAUUUAGGCCAGAUCUCAUUGCUACCACACUAGAAAAAACUAUCUCAUAUGUUAAUAAUAAAACUUUAUUAAAAUCUAGGUUUUUGAUUUAUCGAACAUAAACAUUUAUCAAAUAUAUACAAGCAUAAAACCACAUUUUCUAACUGUUGGCAUUCAGGGUACAGGAAUUCUCCAUUUAUUGCCCUCCAAAUUAUAUUCCACUUUUUGCUGUCGAAUGAGACAUUAUGAGAGUCAACAAAGAAUACAUCUACUGGAGACAAAACCUUGCAACACCUCUGGAACAGCAGCGCUACAGCUUUCACUUACCUCAGACAUAGCUCGCAUCAUUUAUGGAACAUUCACUGACCCUAUUCAGAGGUCUCUGAGAUAAAGCCUUGCCUUGGACUCUGAGCUAGCCUCAAAGAAGCAGUCUUCUCCAGGAAUUAACAAGUUACCUUUACACAGCACUUCCUUAAAUUAAAUUGUUUCAGUAUUCAAACUGGGUGAAUGAACCUAGUGAGGAAACGCAGUCCCAAAACACUCUUACUAUGGAAACUGCAAGAUGGUUCACAAUUUAAUGCAUAGCUCUCCAGGAGAGAUUUAGCAUACUCCCAAGUUUUAAAAUAUUCAUCUAAAUGGAAGACUAUUAAUAGGGUGUUUUGCAGACAGUCUGAACGGUUAGUAUUCUCCAAUGCAAAAAAAAUACAGGAGCUACUGGUGCAAAAUGUAUGACAACCACUGUCAGAGCCAUGAUUGCACAGUGCAGCUGAAGCAGCCUUAUCUUCACAGAUUUGUUCCACUGAAGUAUCAUCCCAACUGUUUUCUCCCCCUUUUCCCUUACCCAUGUGUGCAAGAUUUCUCGUGUUGAGUAUCACAUUCUCUCUAUUAAUCAAUAUUAUAAUAUUCUUUAUUAUUAAGUAUUAUAUUAAACAUAAUAUUUUUGCAACCACCAGCUCUGUGCAGAAUUUGGCUUAAAAUACUGAAGAGUACGUAUACUUCAGGGCAGCAGUAGGGGGAACAGUGAAGGGUGGUGUGAUUAUGAAAGUGUUGUUUCUUUAGGCUGUAAGUGAUGGAGACAUAACAUCAUGUAGCAGAUGGGGUUGGAUGCAUGGACCGUCCUGGAAGAAUGGGACACAGAAAGCAAACCAAAAAAGCACAAUAAAUAAACAAUCAAAAAUAAGCCAUUACCUCUGGGCUCUCUGAGAAACAGAACGAGUAGCAGGGGAAGAUUGGACUGGUACAGUAGUUCUAUAGACAACUGAAAACAGAUACUGAAAUAUAUCUAGACGUUUGUUUUGUUUUCCAACAUACUUUUGAAGUGUACAUUCUGAUUUUUUUUUUAAAGUAAAAUAAUAGAGGCAGAUGUUACAGGGAAAGUACUUGCCUCACCUUACAAAACAUCAGAUGACUAUAAUAGUUCCUGAAUUUCUUAAGAUCUGUUUUUCAGGAGGAAGUUGCUAUUAAAUACUGCUCUCAUAUGUUUGUGUUUGUUUCCCAAAAGAUAAAUCAAGGCUUUCAGUGAAGGUUCGUAAUAGCUGUAAAAAAGAAUCAUACAAUAUCCCGAGUUGAAAUGGACCCACAGGGAUCAUUGAGUCCAACUCCUGGCUCCACACUGAACCACCUAAAAAUUAGACCCUAUGGCUGGGGGUGUUAUCCAGACAGUUCUUGAACUCCAGCAGCUCGGUGCUGUGACCACUGCCCUGGGGAGCCUGUUCAGUGCCUGACCACCCUCUCAGUAUAGAACCUUUUCCUGUAUCCAAUCUGAAUUUAAAAAGAGUUCAGCAACAACAACAACGUCAUCAACACAAGAUGGGCAAUAAAGCCAGAGUCCCUAAACAGGCGUUGAGAAUAAGGCGUACUGGACAUAUUCCGAGGUCAACACAGAAUGCCUGUAUCAAGCAGGAAAACUUAGCAAAACCAAGGAGUGAAUCAAGCUUAUCAAUGACAAAAGGUGAAAAAAUGCAUGUAACUAAACCUUCCUCAAAUGAAGCCACAGCUAAAGAUCACUCUUGGAUUUUUCAAAGAGAGAACACAAACAGGAAGCCUGAUUCAGAGAAUCUUGAUGUUAAAAAAAGUAAACAGAGACCUCAAUAUCCACAUAUAUCAGCUGAAGACCUAGGAAAUUUGGGGUGUUUAACACAAGAACAGCUUCAACAGAUUUUGAUGACUGUAAAAGAAGGAACUGGAAGCAUCUUUGAGACUCAUAAUGAAAAGCAAGAGGAAAUGGCCGCUAAUGAGUCAUCAGAGGAAAACACAAGCUUUUUGGAGAAAUGCUACAAUGAAGUUUCAUCUGUUCCAGAUGAAGCUAAUUCUAACUCGAGCAGGAAACAAGAGUCAUAUCCGCAACAAGGACAGAAAGUUAUAAAGGAGUCAUGGAAACCAGCUAACAUAUUUACUACCUUGGGUGAAAGAGAAGGGGAGAAAGCCUUAUUAGAAUUUAAAAAGACACAGUGGAAGAAAGAAUUAGGAAUUCUCACCAAAGUUUUGUGCACUUCCCUCCCCACCCUUCCUCCUGAAGAUGAACAGGUAGCACUGAAGAAGAAGCUGAAAGAGACUUUGGAAGGAGAGGUGGGUUGUUUCUGGGCAAAAUCUGGCAAUGAAAAAACACCUACAGAGAAAAUGGAAACAGCUAACCCAGAUAAGGAAGCUGUGCCACAGGAACAACCUUCAAAGCAUGAGCAACGGAAGAAGUGGCUUGAAGAGCUGGACAAACAGAAGGAAGAAGCUAAGCUACAAAAAAUAGAAGAAAAACUGAAUUUAUCAAAGGCUGAAGAGCAUGACAGAUGGGCAAUGCAUUUUGAUACUUUAAAGAACCACCCUAAUACUAAUGCACAACACCCUUUAAAUGGAAUGUACAAAAAGCAGCAUGAAAGUCUUUGCCUGUCACCUGACCCUAAGGAGCUGACUGCUUUUGUUCACCCUUUUUCACCUGCAGCUUUAGGCAACCUCAUGCCCUCAAAGGUGGAAAAUGCAGAAAAAGGUGCUAAAAGCAGUGCUUUGGAUCACAGUCAGAAAGUCAGUUUCCUUCGUUCAAUGACAGCUCUCCUGGAUCCUGCACAGAUUGAAGAGCGAGACAGACGGCGGCAGAAACAGUUAGAACAUCAGAAAGCAAUAAUGGCUCAGGUAGAAGAAAAGCGGAAGAAGAAACAACUGGAGGAAGAGAAGAGAAAAUGGGAAGAACAAGAGGAAGAACAGCGCCUAGCACGAGAAAAAGAACUGAUGCAGAAACAGUUUGAAGAAGAUAUGCUUAAACAAAAACAAAAAGAGGAACUUUUGACUCUUAAAACAAAUGAGAUCUAUCAGACAAUGCAGAAAGCUCAAGAAUUAGCACAGAGAUUAAAACAAGAACAGCGUAUUCGAGAUUUGGCUCAGAAGGGACAUGACAUUUCAAAACUUAAGAAGAAUCUUGGUGGUGACACUGAAUUUGAAAAUUGUAGUACUGACAUUUCAUAUCAAAGUCAUAACUUUUCUGAUGACAUUAGCAGUAAUAAUGAUCGGCAGACUUCUCCUUGGAAAGACACCGCUGUACAGACAGAUGACUGUAAUACUUCAGCGUGUAUUGAUUCAACUGAGGGAAGAACUAUGUGUUGUGGAUCACCUGAUAUUUCCAUAGAAUAUAAGGAAACCUCCAACAGCAAAAAAUAUCAGAAAGAAAUGCAGUAUACAGAUGAAAAUAAAAUUUCAGGACAAGAGAAUGGUGGCAUCUACAGUGAGCUAUAUGAACAAUAUGCAAGAAAAGAAAGACAGGUUAAACCUUCAGAAAAACAUACUAAAAGACCUGACUGGAACAUAAACAAGCCUGGGAAAAGAUAUAUUCCAGCAUCAGAAAGAUACCCUAAACAGCUACAAAAACAAAGGGAAGAAAACAAAGUAAGACGGCAAAUGGAGCUGCUUCAGUUGGUAGAAAGAAAUACCCCUGGGAAUCUGUGCCCAAAAAACAGGUCUCCUUCACCUCAUGAAGAAAUGAACAUGAAGAAUAAGGGACAUAGGAUCAGAAAGGAAGAACAAUUACAUAAGAAUAAUUUGAAUGAAGAAAGGUCUGACUCACCACCUGUUCCAGCAGUUAAGAACAGGUUACACCAAGUACAACAAAAACAGACACACACUUCUAAUUUCCUGGUGCACAACAACAAUAGUAGAAGAGAGAAAAAUAUCAAGACAGAUGCACAGCAGAGGAGCUCCCCUCCCCUAGUUACAGAAGCUGGAAGACCUCCGUCUUCACAGUUUAUUCCGUAUGUUCGAACAAAUGAAGUGUAUUAUCUUGAUCCAGAAGCACCAGUGACUAGACCUUCAACACAUGACCCACAAUAUCGACAGUUUAAUGGUUCUUACCCAACACCACGACAGAUUUUUAGCUCUGAUCACACUAGAGAUCCUCUUCUAAAUCCUGAUGGAGUUAAAAUCAGAGAGAGACAACAAGCAAUUCUCAAGGGACUGUCAGAAUUACGCCAGGGCCUCCUACAGAAGCAAAAGGAGUUGGAGUCUGGACUAAUUCCCACUGUAAUUCAGGAAGAGAAUUUUAUUUCACCCUUUUGAAAGGUACAUGUAACUGUACUGAGUUCUUAAAAAUGUAAAGGCAGAGCACAUUGCUAAUGUAAUUAAUUGUGAACCAUUUUAUUAUGCAAAUUUUGAUAGGAUUACAGGAUUACGUUGCUUUCCAGAUUGAAGAUACAUUAAACUAAUGAUGGUAUUUAGAAUGGUCCUCAUACUACAUGAAGACAUGUCCAUUUAAUAUAAAUCACCAAGACACUGUACAAAAAUGGAUGUGUAUGGUACUGAGUUUAUGCAUUUUUUUUGA